UUGUCCGUAACGGCUCGAAAACUGAGUAUAAUCCUGUCAGACCGCGGUAGCACGCCGCAGUAAUUCAACUGGUCUCGUUGAUUCCGGUUCUGAUAUCCAAUGUUACCUAUUUUUGAUAUUUUUUUUUCGGUAUUCGGCUAAUAUAACAGAGUGGUGAAAAAUAUUAAAGUAUUUAAAUAAGUACAUUUAGUACUUUCAAAAUGUUUUCAAAAUCAUUUCAGCUGAUAUUGUGCCUAAUUAUAAUUGUUAGCGGAUGUGCAACUCUAACAACGUCAGAAAAUGCAGAUUAUCCACAUCUAUUUGAAUCAACGUGGGGGUACAUGGAAGAGACUUUAGAAUGGGAAGCAAAGGAACCCAAGGAUAUGAACAACAUUUUUUCGGAAUACGACUUUGUCGUAGUCGGUGCUGGAAGUGCUGGAUCAGUAGUGGCUAGUAGAUUGUCUGAAAUUAAAAAAUGGAAGGUGUUAUUAAUCGAAGCUGGAAAAAACGCAAUACAUUUUAUGGACGUUCCCAUAACAGCCCAACUGUUGCAAGUUUCAGAAUACAACUGGAAGUACAGGACUAUACCAAUGAACACCUCUUGUUUAAGUUUUGAUAACCAACGGUGUAAAUUUCCCAGAGGAAAAGUCAUGGGAGGUAGUAGUGUAUUGAAUUACAUGAUAUAUACACGUGGAAAUAAAAGGGACUAUGAUAAUUGGGCAGAAAUGGGCAAUACAGGAUGGAGCAACGACGACGUGUUGAAGUACUUUAUGAAAUCGGAAAAUGCAAACCUAUCUACCUCUGAUGUGAAUUAUCAUGGGCAUAAUGGAUUGUUGUCAGUGACCGACGUGCCAUAUAGGACGCCCAUAGCUGAUGCUUUUGUGAAUGCUGGAUCACAGAUCGGACUGCCUGUCAUCGACUUGAACGGGGAAAAACAAAUCGGCAUUAAUUAUAUACAGGCUACCAUGAAGAACGGUCGUCGUUUUAGUACAAAUACAGCUUUUUUAUUUCCAGCAAGAAUGAGAUCGAACUUGCAUGUCAAAAAGCAGAGCAGUGUAACACGAAUAAUAAUAGAAAAAGGUACCAAAAAGGCAAUAGGAGUAGAGUUUGUAUCAAAUCGUAAAAAAUAUAGAGUAUUUGUACGCAAAGAAGUAAUCAUUUCUGGAGGAUCUAUAAGCUCGCCACAAUUACUCAUGUUAUCGGGGAUUGGGCCGAAAGGGCACUUGAAAGAUUUAAAAAUUCCAUUGGUACAAGACUUGCCGGUCGGGGAAAAUUUGAUGGAUCACGUGGCACUGGGGGGUUUGUGCGCUUUGAUAAAUCAAACCAUAUCAUUGAAAACCGAACGAUUGCUGAAGAACCCGUUAAAUAUGUACCAGUACACCGAAUAUCAUAAUGGUCCCUAUACAAUUCCGGGCGGUGCGGAAGCCUUGGCGUUCUUCGAUUUAGACCGGCCGAGGUUCCCCGACGGGCACCCGAAUUUAGAAUUACUAUUGAUUUCGGGUCUGUUUUCCGACAACGAGUAUACUCAUCGACUGUUUGGUUUGAAAUCCGAAAUUUAUAACAAGGUGUACAAGAAAACCGAAAAUAUGGACGGCUUAACGGUGUUCCCGAUGAUUAUGAGACCGAAGAGUAAAGGCCGCCUGUGGCUAAAAGACGCGAACCCGUUCCAUUAUCCACUGAUCGAUCCCAAUUACUUCGCUGACGAGACGGACUUGGACGUGGCCGUGGCCGGGGUACGGAUUUUCCAACAAAUGUUGAAAACCGACGCGAUGAAGAAGCUCAACGCCACGUUAUUCGACACCCCGUUGCCCGGUUGUGUUCAACACAAAUUCGACACGGACGCGUACUGGAAGUGCUCGGCGAGACAAAUAAGUUUUACCAUCUAUCACUUGUCGGGCACCUGCAAAAUGGGACCGAUGGGUGACCCCACGGCCGUGGUGGACCCUAGAUUGCGUGUGCAUGGAGUAAGUGGAUUGAGAGUUAUCGACGCGUCGGUCAUGCCGGAAAUACCGGCAGCACAUAUCAACGCUCCGACGAUUAUGAUCGGCGAAAAGGGCGCGGACAUGAUCAAAGAAGACUGGGGUAUUAGGAUAUAGUACAGAUUUAUAAUACAUUUGUGUUGUAUUAACUAGUCAAAAUUUGUUGUACAUAGGUACUUGAUAUUUAUUUAAACAAUUAAUGUGUCCAAUCGUCCUCGACUGGAAUACCUAUAUUAAUUUUAUGCAUUUACGAGAUACCUGUCUUUUCCAAAGAAAAACAACUUUUAAUCAGUGUAAUGCUCGGUAUCCGGGUGGCUGCAUUAACUGCUAUUUGCUAUAUUGUACCUAACCUACCCAUACAAUGUUGAAUAUUAUUAUACAACAAAAAAACGUACAAAAAGGCUUGAGUGCCUUGAUCGGUUAUAGUAGAUGCUUGUGAUGUAUCAAGGCUCUCAGCAUUCAGCAAACCCGUUUUAGUUUUAAUCAAUCCGUAUUUAAUAUAAUUCUAUUCAGAUCAGUACCUAGACACUUGUUUUUUUCUUAUUACCUAAUUUAUUAGGUACUGACAAGAAAAUAUUCUCAAAAACAAAAUAGAAUACCAUUUUUUUGGGUGCUUUAAAUUAUUUUGUUUUUAAAAUAAAGUUUGUGUAGGUACAUUAAUUGAGGCUCUCUUCUCUUCAAAUGUGCAUUUGUACUAUACCCAAUACCUAAGACUAGUCUACUAUAAAAUUAAUGCCUAGAUGUAGCUUAAGUUUUAAUGCUCUGAAAUGAAUAAUUAUGGGAACCUAUUUAGUGUUAAAAUUUAAAAUUAUUAAAUUAAAUUAAAACAUUAUUAGUGUCCAUUUUGAAAAAUGCUUAUGUAGUAAACUCCAAUGCUUUUGUGUCAAUAUCAUUACUUCCUAUUUAGUUAAAAUGUUGCACAGAUUUUUUUUAAGAGUAGUCAAACUAAUUCUAAGUGUGUAACUGAAUAUUUUUCAAAACUAAAUACUAUUGCAUCAUGGUUGACACAAUUUAGAACAAUUUUCCAGCCAAUAAAAUAAAAUCAUCAUUAUUAAAGAAAAAAAUACUUAAUUUAUAUAUUUAUAAAUAAUUAGCUGAACCCUUGCACUUGGUUGCCUGUUAAAAAUGCCAACUCUAUAUAAGACUCGCUCGGGUAUAUGUGCAACUCAGCCACUUAAGUAGGCAAUGUACAAAAAUUCAAUUUGAUUCAUGCUCAAUGAUUAAGUAAUAGCAACCAAUAAACAACAAAAAUACUCAUUCAUUUCUACUGAAUGUAUUUAUAUUUCUCCUAUAACCAAAAACAACCAUUUAAUUUGUAAAUUUUAAAAUCUCUGUUUAAGCAACCUUUCGGGUUGGACCUACCGGGUCCAAUUGUGAAUCUAAAUCAUUCAGGGAACUACUCAAACACACACAACAAAAUCAUCAAAACAGGUUCAGUUGUUUAGGGCCUAAAAACUUUAGGCAGGCAUAAGAGACAUACAUACAGACAUUCAUUUUUAUGUAUAUAGAUAAAUAAUGUAUAUCAAAAUAUGAAUUUUUGUUUAACAUAUUAUAAUUAACGUUUAUAUAAAUAAUUGCAUUAUUUUUAUUUUCCUAUGUGCCUUGCCUAUGUUUAUAAAUUGAUAUAUGUUGGCUGUUGUCUCUAACUUAUUGGAAAGUCACUAAUCAAUGUACUCUGCAAGUAGCUUUUAUUUAUUUCAAUUCUAUUAUAACACAACUUUAUUAUUUCUGAUCUUUACAGUGUAUAUUUAAGUAACAACCAUGAAAAAAUAUUAAUAGAAUAUAUUAUGAAUAUAUUUAUUCUUCAUGGUAAGAACUUAUAGUUAUAACCAAAACUUAUUCCAGCAAUAGAAAUUAAUGAUGUUAUAGCUGCUUUAUUAUCAAAAUAAAAAAUUAAAGACUUAGGUAUUUUAUCGUAACAAAAGUGUACAAUCUAAAUUAUAUUGUACUCAAUAAACUGAAUGCAUAAUUGUA